GCUCCGGGUCGCCGGUGCCGGAGCGCGCAGGCCCGUGCCGGCGGCCGUGGAGCGGCGGGCGCCAUGUGGUUCAUGUACGUGCUGAGCUGGCUGUCGCUCUUCAUCCAGGUGGCCUUCAUCACGCUGGCCGUCGCGGCCGGACUCUACUACCUGGCCGAACUGAUAGAAGAGUACACCAUGGCCACCAGCAGAAUCAUAAAAUACAUGAUCUGGUUCUCCACGGCAGUGCUGAUUGGCCUCUACAUCUUCGAGCGCUUUCCCACCAGCAUGAUAGGUGUGGGCCUCUUCACCAACCUAGUUUACUUUGGCCUGCUGCAGACCUUCCCCUUCAUCAUGCUGACCUCACCUAACUUCAUCCUGUCCUGCGGGCUAGUGGUGGUGAACCAUUACCUGGCCUUUCAGUUUUUUGCAGAAGAAUAUUACCCUUUCUCUGAGGUCCUGGCGUACUUCACAUUCUGCCUAUGGAUAAUCCCAUUUGCAUUCUUUGUGUCUCUUUCGGCUGGGGAGAAUGUCCUGCCCUCCACUGUGCAGCCGGGAGAUGACGUGGUCUCCAAUUACUUCACCAAAGGCAAGCGAGGCAAACGCUUAGGGAUCCUGGUUGUAUUCUCCUUCAUCAAAGAAGCCAUUCUACCCAGUCGUCAGAAGAUAUACUGACCCCCCUAGGGGGAAUGUGGGGGGAAGCAAGACCAGCAGAGUCAGGCCCUUGGGCCUCUGGACUAGCAAAGCCCAGGAGCCUGGAGGGAACUUUGCCAGCCUUGGCUUCCUCCCCUCUGUUCUGAAGCAUACCCACCCUCUGGAGGCUUGGGUGCUGCCAGGGACACUGUGGCAGAUCUGACAUGGCCAGGAGGCAGUGUCUUCAGCCUCCCCCCCACUGCCCCCAAGGUGGGCUGGGAGGUUCUGGCUUAGCUGGGGCAAGUAGGGCUGGGUCUGUGAAGUUGGAGAAUAGUCAGUGAUGUUUUCUGGACAGAUGGCCAUAGAGAGGGGCCAAGGCUUGGUACUCCAUGAGCAGUGGGGUUUGCGCUUGAACUGUGAUUUUUGUCCAGUUGCUGAUUCCUAUUUGAAUAAAGGUUAGAGGUGGCACUGUUUGCCUUAACAGCCUAGGAGUUCAUCUUCUUCUCUGCCUGCUAACCUGCUGCCUGAGCUGGCUAGUCUUCUGCUCCAGGGACUCCUUCUGAAGAGACUGUUGGGGUCCUAAAUGAGAAGGAAGUAGAGGUGAGGAGGCUGGUGAGGCCUUUUUUAGGCUUAUCCCUCUAUCUCUUCCUUCUCUGAGUCUCUGAUUGGCAAGUGGGGUGGGGGGUGGCGAGCAGAGACAGCUUAGGACUGGUUAGAGUUGUAGAAAAACAUCUAUGGUAAUACUAUUUAUAAGUCUUCCUCUGAGAAAACUGAGUGAUUUCUUGCUGAAUUCUAUCUCAGGCUCAAAGAAAAAAAGAUGGCUUCUAGGUAGCCUGGGCUGUGUCCUAUUUCUUAAGAAAUGAGGUUGGGACAGGCUGUUUGUCACUCUAAGAGCACACUGGUCUCGCACUCUCCCAUGUGCCCCUGAUUCCUGGAGGGAUGUGAGCUCUACCUUCUAAGAAGGCAGGCCCUAUCUCAGACACAGACCAGCAUUUGUUGACCUUGCACUCUAACUAUAGUGCCUUGCAAGGGCUCAACAGAGAGCUGCCUCUGGCCACACUCUAUACCUCACAGUGAGGCCACCAAGUGCAGAGAUGGACUGCCACCAGGAAGACCCCUGUGCUUUGCAGCUUACUCUGUUCCAUGCCCAAAGUCCUACCAGUACCCUUCAUCUCAUUGGCUUCUAUAUUUCUGUUCUCAAGGUACCAGUCUGCCUUUUCCUGAAUUUUGCUUUUCACUUCAAAUAAGAUUGCCGGGCCUGUUUCUGCCACACAGAUGGGUAGAGAAGGCAGAGAACCUGAGGCUGGUGUCUUUACCAGUGGCUGACAGUUGGCCAACUCUACUUGUUGUCUACUUUGUUCCUCCCCCUCAUGUGACUUUGCACUCUUUUAUUUUCUGGUCAGUGCUCUCCAGUGAUGGUAAGGGGCCUUCCAGGGAUAACCCAGCAGCCCACUGGUCUUGACUCAUGCUUUCCAGCACUUCUCUGGGUGGUGGUCUCUUCAGUCUUGGUGCAGCCUUCUCUGCUUGCCCUAUGCACACUGGAGUCUCUGGGUUCUGUUGUGGGCUGCCUGGAGGGCAUUUGCACCAGCGCAGAUUAUGCCCCCCCCCCUGAUGGUUGCAGGGACUCUGGGGAGACUGAGCCAUGACCUCCAACCCCAGCUCCCCUCUUGCCCUUUGGUGGCCCUUGUGGUGCGUGCAAUGGCUCCAGGGUAGCCCAGGAGGCUUUUACUGCUCUCUCUUUUUGCCCAGGUCCAAUCUCUAAAGUUGCCAUCUGUCUUCUUAACAACAGCUAAUUGAGAUCUCCCACACUGUCUUUCACUUCCAGUGUAUCUCUGUCCUGUGGCCAGCCAGAGGUGCUUUUGUAAACUUCACAGCUGACCAAGUCAUUCCCUGGCCUGAAACCUCCCAAAGCUCCCCAGUGCCCUCAGGAUAAAGUCCAGACCACCUAGCAUGGUAUGUGAGGCUGUUGGUGUCUAGGUCUCUGCUGGCCUUGGCACUGUGGUUUUGCACUAUGGGGCCCAGCCUCCUGGAGGCAGAGACCAUGGUUCUCUUUUGUGACUUUGAUCUCUUUCUACUCAGUUUGCUACUUCCUUUUGUCUUGAGUUAGAUUUUACUUCCUCCAAGGAGCUUUGGAUGUCCUCUCUUCUCCCCCAGACCUACCCCAGCACUCAAUACAGAUCCCUGUGUGCCCUCUGCUUACUAUAUGAUCUGUCUCUUCAUUAGACUGGAAGCUCCUUGAGGGCAGGGAUGGCCUUGGAAUUUUUGUAUCAACUGCCUGGUUUGGCACCUGGCCUGUGGAAAGUACUCAAUAAAUGUUUGUUUAAUGA